AUAUAACUGCACUUGAUAGUACAGAGGACUGGGUGAAAAUGGCAGAAUUAAACUAUGCAGUUGGUGGCAUAUUUGAUGAUAUACUUGUCACUAAAGGAACACCUACAAUCAUAAAGGAUGAUCUUGGGGAUCCAUUCCCUGUACACAAAGUAGAUGGAUAUAUCUAUCCACAGUUUGUUAGACCAACGAUUCAUGAUUACAUGAAAGAUUUUGAAGUCAGGGCUGAUGACAUAUGGUUCUUUUCAUAUCCAAGGUCUGGGAACCAUUGGAUAUGGAAUAUAGUAUACAGGCUGACCCAUGACCUACAAGAGGCCCCGAAGGGUAUGGAAGAGUUCUGUAUGCCUGAGUUGGAGACACAGAAUGUCAUCGGUUCAGUGCCUGCUCCCAGAAUUAUCAGAACACACCAACUACCAAGUUCAAUUCCAAAGACAGUAUGGAACAAUUGCAAGGCGAUUAACAUUGUCCGUCAUCCCAAAGAUGCAGCAUAUAGUUUAUACAAGCAUCAUUCAGCAGCACUUGUUCAUGGCUACAAUGGCACAUGGGAAGGUUACUUGCCUAAUUGGCUUAAAGGAGAGGUGGUAUGGAAUGAUUGGUUCAAGCAUGUACAAGAAUACAAGAAACUAGCAGAAAAUGUUGAUAUGCUGUUCCUUACUUAUGAAGAAACCAAAAAUGAUACUCUUGGUACCAUAAAGAAGAUAGCUGACUAUUUAGGUGUAAGUUGAAGUGAAGAAGAUUACAAGAAAAUGGUUGAUGAAACAAAGAUUGAUGUUAUACAAUCUCGCAAUCAAGAAUACGAUCCAUAUGCAAGAGAUGGAAGAGGGGCAGAUGUGAUGUUCAGAAAAGGGGAAGUUGGUGCAUGGAAAGAACACUUUACUGUGGCACAAAAUGAGCUUUUUGAUAAAGUCUACAAGGAAAGAAUGAAGGGAAUACCAUUUGUCUACGACAACUUGUUAGACGCUUAAGAAUAUG